AUGCAAAAUGGAAAGUGUCACUUCCUGGUUGAACAAGCGCGGCUCUCUCGGUCUGAUCUGCCCUGGGGACUGCAAGGGAAGACUGGGGGCAGCGGCAGAGCCCCCCCGCACCCCGGGCAGCCGGCGGGCACGCAAGGAUCCCGCUCCGAGCUGCGCCUUUCGCUGCGGGAGCAUGUCCCGCCCAGGACUACGUUUCCCAGCGGCUCCCGGGGCUGCACAUGCUCCAUGCGGCUCCCGGCGCCUCCCGGCGGUUCCCAGCGCCUCCCGGUGCCGCCCCCGGCGCGGCAUCCUCCCGGCGCGCCCCCGGGAGCGCACGGCCGAGCGAUCCCCGGCACGCCGGCCCGGGCCGGCAGCAUGCCCCGUGGGUUGUCCUGGACGCGGGCGGAGGUCGACAUCCUGCUGUCGCUGGUGGCGGAUUCGGGGCAGGCCGCGCAGCUCAUGGCCUCCACGACGCGACCCAACGAGGCGCUGUGGCGGGAGGUCUGCCAGGGGCUGGCGGCCGCCGGCUACGAGCGCACGGUGACCCAGUGCCGCACCAAGUGGAAGGCGCUCAAGCAGGCUUUCCACUCGGAGCGGCAGAGGCGCCGCAGGGUAGAAGCGCUCUCGGCCCUGCUGCCGCGGCACUACCGAGCCAUGAAGAGCAUCUGGAAGGCGGCGGGGCAGCCCGUGUUUGGCGAACGGAGGAUGUCAGUCGUGAUGAGGCUGCCCUCCAGAAGGCGCAGGUCAGCCCGUGGCACACGCUCUCCAUCCUCAUCAGAGCCUCCAUCCUCACCAGAGCCACCAGAGCAUGGCUCUGGCGGGGACACCCCCAGCGUGCUGCUGUCACCUAUGCUGCAGCGUGCCAAGAACGAGCCAGAGAGCCGUUUUCCUGGUGGGAUGUCCCUGGGGAUGGGAAGAGGAAACCGAGUGCUGCCACUGGCUGCUGCAGCCACGGGCUCCCACAGGACAGCAGCCACAAGUGAGCAGCCAGCAGCAGGCAAAGAUGCAUCAGACAUAAGCCUACAUGAGUCUGAAGUGAGAGCCUCGCUCCAGAAUAUGCACCAAGUGCUGGUGGACAUCCUGUACACAUCACAGCAGCAGCGGGCACUUCUGGAGAACCUCGUGCAGAUGGGCGGCUCCAUGCACCAGCCCAGGCUCCCGCCACAGACCCAUCCUGGCCGCCUUGGCCACGUGCCCCUUUCUAAGGGUGGCUCUGGAGGGCCCUGCCACCCCGGUGCUCCUCACACUUCCCGGGAUCACAAAGAGAAGCCUUAGCUGUCCCCUGAUGCCAGGUGCAUCCCCCCCUGAGUGCCACCAUCGCUGGCCCCAGGAGCAACAGCUUUGCUACAGAGCCAUGGCACAUAUCUUUGUAUCAGAGGUUCCAGAUAUUUUUUGUUUAUAUUAGAGAGACAUUUAAUAAAAUUAAAAAUAGCUUUUCU